AUGUUUCUCUUAAAUUUGCAGAUUACUGACACAAUGAAUGUCUCCAAGCCAGACUCCAGUUUUGCUUCUGUGAGUGAAUUUAUACUCCUAGGUUUCUCCUUUGAGUGGCAGAUUCAGAGCCUCUUCUUCUCACUCUUUACCACAACCCUUGCUAUCUGUCGCCCCUUGCACUACCCUAAUAUCAUGACUAGGUAUCUCUGUACUAAACUAGUCACUGUCUGCUGGGUGUGUGGGUUUCUGUGGUUCCUGAUCCCCAUUGUUCUCAUCUCUCAGAUGCCCUUCUGUGGCCCAAACAUCAUUGACCAUGUUGUGUGUGAUCCAGGACCACUGUUUGCAUUGGCAUGUACCUCUGCACCAAGAAUCCAAUUGUUGUGCUAUACUCUUAGCUCCUUAGUUAUCUUUGGUAACUUCUUCUUCAUCCUUGGAUCCUAUACUCUUGUCCUAGUAGCUGUGUUUCGUGUACCUUCAGCCACUGGAAGACGCAAAGCCUUCUCAACAUGUGGAUCUCAUUUGGCCGUGGUAUCACUGUUCUAUGGCUCCCUGAUGGUCAUGUAUGUGAGCCCGGGACUCAAACAUUCUGCUGGCAUGCAGAAAGUUGCAACAUUGUUCUAUGCUAUGGUGACCCCACUCUUCAACCCUCUCAUCUACAGCCUCCGGAAUAAGGACAUGAAAGCAGCCUUGAGGAGAGUUGUGGGGCUUUCUAGCCCAAGGUAG